UCCAAAAACCGAGAAAUCCUCUCCAUUGUCUCUGGCCCAGGGGACUCUCCAUCUCCCUCUCACUCAUCUUCACUCACUCAAUCAUCUCUACCUGUUCCUCAAAAACCCUAGAUCAAAACCUCAAAAUGGGCCCGCAAGAUUCAGACCCGCUAUCCGAAACCCUAGAUUCGUCUCUCUCCGUCAACGAUCAAAUCAUAGACAACGACGAUCAUCAAUCUUCUUCUUCCAUGACCACAUCAUCUUCAGAUCCAUCUCUCUCCCGAAACGUUUCCUUCAGUCGACUCAACGCUCAGGCACCGGAGUUCGUCCCUCGCAGCUCAUCGUCAUCGUCUUCGCCGACAACGCCGACUCAGCCCAGACUCGUGAUUCCUCAUCAGGCUCCUACGCCUCAUGGGCUGGUCCAUGUGUAUCCGGGUCCCAAUUCUUCAUUUAGGGUUCCGAUUCAGAGUCAUGUGACCGUGCCGGUCCAGAAUCAUCAUCCGCUUCCUCACCAUGUUCCAGUUCAGUAUCAUCACAAUCAGCAUCAUCAUCAUCAUCACCAGCAUCGUCAUCACUAUGGUGGUGCGGGGUUUGGUGAUCAUCAAGACAAUGGAGUUCCAGCUCAACAGCAAGCUCCUGCUGAGCAUGACCAUGUCUCCUCCUCUAGAAAUGGUCUAUCGGAGGAAGCUACUCAGAAGAUUCUCAAUCAGGUGGAGUAUUAUUUUAGUGAUGUAAAUUUGGCUACUACUGAACAUCUAAUGAGGUUCAUCAACAAAGAUCCUGAAGGAUAUGUGCCGAUAUCCGUUGUAACAUCUUUUAAGAAGAUUAAAGCACUCAUAAGUAGUAAUUCCCAGCUGGCUACCAUUCUGCGGAACUCUGGAAAGCUUGUAGUUAGUGAAGACGGGAAGAAAGUUAGACGCCAGCAUCCUUUGACUGAGUCGGACAUGGAAGAGUUGCAGUCUCGCAUAGUUGUUGCUGAAAAUUUACCCGAGGACCAUUGCCACCAGAACCUAAUGAAGAUUUUCUCCACCAUUGGGAGUGUGAAGACGAUUCGUACCUGUCAACCUCAAGCCUCCAAUGGUGGGGCAUCUUCGGCAUCUAGAUCAGCAAAAUCAGACAGCAUGCUUUAUAGUAACAAGUUGCAUGCAUUUGUGGAAUAUGAAUCAGUCGAAUUGGCUGAGAAAGCGGUUGCGGAACUUAAUGAUGAGGGUAACUGGAGGAGUGGUUUGAGAGUUCGUUUAUUCCCUAGACGCACGGCAAAAUCUGUUCAAGCGCGAUCAAAGAAGGUUGGGCAUGAAGGUGAGGCUAACCAUGAUGAGGAGGACACAUCUACAUCAGACCCGCAGCAGCCAAGUGAGAGGAACUUAGAAGAUCUUUCUCGACAGUCUGAUGCCCAAUCACAUGAGCAUGCAGGAGAUGAUCACGCGAACGAAAAGGAAGGUGUACAAAGGAAAGGGCGUAAUCGUGGACGAGGAAAGGGACGUGGAAGGGCUCAAUAUCAUCAUAACAACCGUGGAAGCCAUCAUCAUGUAGGGACUCCCCCUUCAGAUAAUGCUGUCAACACGGAGCAUGCAAUGGUGGCAAAACAGCCCCCUGGGCCCCGCAUGCCAGACGGCACUAGAGGGUUUUCCUUGGGUCGGGGAAAGCCACUUGCUGUUUAAUAUUGGGUAAUAAAUUCUUGUCUACAAAGUACAUGUGGUUUUCUUGCAUCUGCGCAAUCGAGUAAAUGUUGGGAUGGAGAAUGUCUUCUGUUUUUUUAGUGUUGAUGUCAGGGUUUUGUAAGUGGAUGGAUGUAAGAUCCAUUAUAGUUGGUAUAAGGGUGAGUCAAGGAGCUUGGGUUGAACGUUGCUUUAUGCGUUGUGUUUUAUUUUAUUUUAAAGGAUCUUGUAAAAGCAACUGUUUUUUCAGGGUCUUUGUCAUUGUAGAAAUUUAAAGCAAAACUUGGAGGGUCCACCUAUAUACCUGGUGAUAUGUGUGAGUGAAGAAUCAGCAAUGCAAUAAUACUAGUUUCUUUCCCUUUGCAUA